AUGUCUGUGAUCAUUGAACCAGAUUUCUUAGAAUAUUACACUGAGACAUCAACAGCUUUCAUUACAAUUCAUAAUCAAACGGAUGAAAUCAAGGCAUUUAAGAUAAAGACAACAGCACCAAAAUUAUACUGUGUAAGACCUAAUGCAGCUAUUAUUCAACCCGGUGAGAAUGUCAAGAUAUCUGUAAUAUUUUUGGGACUUCCACAAGAACCACUGGAUGAUUAUAAGUGUAAGGACAAAUUUUUAGUUAUUGUAUUGCCGGCCCCAUAUAAGAGUGAUUCUAGUCAUGCAGUUUCCGAGAUUUGGAAUGAUUUGGAAAACGAAUUUAAGUCUCAAGCUAUUCAAAAGAAGAUAAAAGUUGUUUAUAAUAAUUCAAAUUCACAAACACUAUUUUUAUCAACAAAUGGACAAGAUAGUCAUGAAACAAAAAAUCAAAAUAUGGCUUCUGUAAACAAUGUAAAUCAAUUAGAACAGAAGGCGAUUGACAAGCAAGUAACACUAGAAAAAGAUAACACAAUAAAAGAAAACAUUAAGAAAAUCAAGAUAAAUACUAUGGGCAAUGAAACUAAGUCGUCAUCUCCAGCAAGAGAGCCUCAACAAAAUGUCACUGCUAAGAUUUCUCCAUCAACUAUGCUAUUUAUUACUAUUAUUGUUCUAGUUCUUGGACAAUUUAAAUUAUUUCAAAAUUUGGAAUCUAAAACCAAUGUUCCAAAGUCUUACUGGACGAAAUCUUCUGUUUUAAUUUAUUUGUUGUUAACAUUUUUAAAUGUUGGUGGCAUGGGGCAAAUAUUAUCUAAUUUUGUUGGAUUUAUUAUUCCAACAAUUAAUUCUAUUAAAGCAUUGAAGACUCGUAAUGAUCAAUCAGAUGACCAAUUUUGGUUAAGCUACUGGAUCAUUUUUGGAUUUUUGAAUGUUGUUGAAUUCUGGUCAAGCACUAUUUUAUAUUUGGUCCCUUUCUAUUGGGUUUUAAAGGUCUUGUUUUUAUUACUCAUUAGUGUUCCAUCCACUGGUGGUUGUCAAUGGGUUUAUUCAAGAAUAAUUGAGCCAUCUUAUGAUCAAUUAUUGAAAAAAUUGACCGACGUUGCUAACAAAAAUACUUCGAUGAAUUCCAAUAUAUCACAUGGUGGUGUAGAACGUGACAAUAUUAGACAAGUUAUUAAUAAUGCUGCUAGGGGUUCAGGUGCCUCUAGACACCCACACAAUAAUUAA